AUGUUUCCCUGCCAGGAGGUAGAACGUGAUACGAAUAACAAUCUCGGUGAGUACCUACCAAAUUUCACUCUUCAAACCGAGACACUCUCAUGCCGCGGUCAAAACUGGCUCCUUGUAUUCCGGCUCUUCUUUGGCGAGCUCGUGGCCUCAGCCAUGGUCACCUUUCCUUACUUCCUCAUUGAUCCAACUCUGCGCUACUGCGCAGUCUCUGAGGCACUGGCGGUGGGCGGGCUCGUCUACGCUGCUGUGUGGGUGACCUAUCCCCUGUCGGGUGCCCAGAUAAACCCUAUAAUCACUCUCGCCUUUGGGUUGACUCGUCGCAUCUGCUUCUUUUUCGUGCCGGUCUACUGGAUCGCGCAGUUUCUGGGCGCUGGGUUCGCUAUGUCCAUCGCCUACUAUAUCUCACCAUUCGUGAAACUUUCCCCUGACAUGGGUAUGACUAUGCCUCGCAGUGGAAUCACUGCAUUUCAGGCGUUGUGGCUGGAGUGUUUGAUCACCUUCCUUCUCCUUGUGGUUAUUCUCGCGGGUACUGAUGAGGCCAGGGAAACAGUGUGGACCAUGGGGAGUGGAUCAACUCUGGCUUGCGUCUACAUGCUCAUGUACCUUGUUACCACCAUUGUGACCAAAAACUUAACCGGGGCGAGUAUGAACCCCUUCAGGAGCAUUGUCGCUGCGAUUCUUCGAGUCCGCUUCGAGCAUCAGUGGAUUUACGCGGUGGGUCCUCUGGUGGGCUGUCUGAUUGCGGUGGUUUUCAACGAGGUAGUCCUUACCGAGGAUGCGUGCUGGAUCCGCACCAAGGCCUGGCUCACCGAUAUGCACUACUUCCGCAAUCACUCCUACUCCCUAAGUGGACGACCCAGCAAGGCUUCCACCCAAGGUGCGUCCACUCAUCUCUACUCUGAUUCUUCUAUGCUUUUUGUUGCUGAAUUCGUGAUGGAAGAUAAAGCUCAUGUAACACUUCUAGAUAAAAAUUCGAUGCUAUUUAUACUAGACUAA